AUGAUGCAGCAAGUAUGGGAGACGGUGAAAGAGACCAUUACAGCUUACACUGGACUAUCUCCGACUGCGUUUUUCACCGUACUAGCUCUCGCCUUCGCCGUCUAUCAAGUCGUCUCCGGUUUCUUCGUCUCUCCUGAAGAACACCGACCGCGUUCUGCGGAGGUUCACCAGCAAUCGGAGCCUCUUCCGCCGCCGAUUCAGCUCGGUGAAAUCACUGAAGAUGAGCUCAAGCAGUAUGACGGCUCCGACUCCAAAAAGCCCCUUCUCAUGGCGAUCAAGGGCCAGAUCUACGAUGUUUCACAGAGCAGGAUGUUCUAUGGACCAGGAGGGCCAUAUGCUCUGUUUGCAGGGAAAGAUGCAAGCCGAGCUUUGGCGAAGAUGUCGUUUGAGGAUAGCGACUUGACGGGAGACAUCUCUGGUCUAGGUCCGUUUGAGCUAGAGGCGUUACAAGACUGGGAGUACAAGUUCAUGAGCAAGUACGUCAAAGUCGGGACCAUUGAGAAGAAGGACGGAGAAGCCAAAGAAAGUACAACAGAACCUUCUGAAGCAAAGGCUGACACAGAGGAAGCUCCUUCUACAAACGCUGGAGAAGAAGCUUCCGCUGUUACACACGAUGACACUUCUAGAAGCAUAGACGACGAGAAAACCACGGAGAAGAAGGAUGUUGCAAUUGGUGAUGCCGCAAAGGAGGAGUAA